GCUGAGGCGGGAGAUGGCGGAAAUUUCCCAGCCUCCGUCUUCAGUGGUGCUGUUGAGACCGUUCAAAAGGCAACGACAGCUAGGACCAAGAAGACCACUGGGUCCUGCCAGACCAAGUGGAAACGUCUUCAUGAGACAUUCAAGGUGGUCGACAAGUUGAUGAGUCAAUUGGGCUUCCACUGGGACACGAAGUCGGGCACAACUAUCAACGAACGGUCCGAGCCUACGUGGCAGGCAUACAUAAAGAAAAACCCUGCGGCUGCAGCAUUCCGCAACAAGGGUUGGGAUUACUACGACCUUGUGGUGCAAAUUAUG